CCGAAACAACCAAGCCAUGCCUCCCUCACAACUUAAGAGGUUAAAAGCCUCUCUACGAGAGCAGGGAAUUAUUGGCCCCCAGCAGUCCAAAAAGCAAAAGAAGCAUAACGCCCAGAAUGGGGUUACCAAGGAGAAAAGAGUGCAUAGGACCGUGGCACUGAAUGGCAUUCGAGAGCAAUUCAAUCCGUUUGAAUUCAAGGCGCUUUCGAGGAAACCCAAAUUUGAAGUCACGACAGAACAUGCAGCCAAGAGUGUCAUCAGAAGACCGGGUGUCCAAAAGAGUCAAGAAGAAGAAAUGCGCCGACAAGCAUAUCUAGAAGAGCAACAGCGCCGGCAUAAGGUUGGAGGAAUUGUUGACAAACGUUUUGGAGAAAAUGAUCCCAGUAUGACACCAGAGGAAAAGAUGUUGGAACGAUUCACGCGAGAAAAGCAACUCCGGCACAAGAGGUCAACGUUUGAUUUGGAGGACGAGGAUACACCCGGCGAGCUUACCCAUAUGGGCCAGUCUCUGUCUCUUGACGGACCAGCAUUGGUAGAUGAUUUCGACGAGAAAGAUUUGGAGCUCUCGGAUGCAGACGACCAUCUUUCAGACGAAGAACGCCAGGCGCGGAAACGCCGUCGAUCAGAACUCGAGGACGAGGAAGAUGAAGAAGACGACAGUGGGGACCGUCCAGAGCGGAAGAAGUCGAAGCAAGAAGUUAUGAAAGAACUCAUUGCAAAAUCGAAGCUUCACAAAUAUGAACGUCAAGCCGCCAAGGAUGAUGACGAAGAUUUAAGAGAGCAAUUGGACAAAGAGAUGCCGAAUAUACAUGAAUUACUUCGAGGGAUUGCACCGAAACGUCCAACUGCACCGCCAGCAGAUAUUCCGGGGAUGAAUCCGGAUCGUGCCGCAUUGUUGAAUAGGACUGAUAAGGUUAAAUUUGAUAAGGAAUAUGAUCUUCGUCUUAGACAAAUGGCCCAAGACAAGCGGUCCAAACCUACUGAAAAAUCAAAAACGGAGGAGCAAGUUGCCGAAGAGACAGCGAGGAAGCUUCAGGUGUUGGAGGCUAAGAGACUCCGCCGAAUGCAGGGUGCACCUGAGAGUAGUGAUGAGGAAAAGGAGAAGGGUGCUGAGCCAGACGACGAGGAUGAAGAGGACGAUUUUGGUCUCGGAGAUGGUAUCAAAAUACGACCUACAAUGGCUGAACUGGGCGUGGAAGACGAGGACGACUUUCUUAUAGACGAUGAUCUUGUGGCCAGUGGCUCAGACGCAGAGUCUGUGGACGAUUCUGAUAAUGAAAAAGAGAACGACUCUGACGAUGGAGAGGAGGACGAGUUUGUCAAAGGCCUGUUGACUGAGGAAGAAGCGAAACGACCCGAGUUCUUAACAGGAGCAAAUGCGCCGAUACAAGAAGUGGAAGAGCCAGCUUCGAAUGGUAUUAAUGGUGAUCUUGCCUACAGGUUCAACUGCCCUCAAUCACACGACGAACUUCUCGAGAUUACUGAAGGUGUGAAUAUUCUGGAUCUCCCCACAGUGGUCCAAAGAAUCAGGGCUCUCUACCACCCCAAACUUAGGAGCGAAAAUAAAGGGAAGCUUACGAAGUUCUCUGUUUCUCUGGUCGAUCAUAUCUCAUAUCUGGCGAACCAGGAGCAUGGGCCCCCUUUCGUUGUACUGGAGAGUAUCAUCCGCCAUAUACAUUCAUUGGCAAAGACCUUUCCGGUGGAAAUCGCAAAUUCAUUUCGCCGCCACCUCAAAGAGCUCGAUACUUCCCGGGCUUUAUCUCUCACUCCAGGGGACUUGGUACUUCUCACAGCGGUCGGAACCAUCUUCCCUACCUCGGACCACUUCCAUCAAGUCGUUACUCCAGCAGUUCUUACAAUGGGACGAUAUCUAGGGUUAAAGAUCCCUCAGAUACUGUCAGACUUUGCGACUGGAGCAUAUCUAUGCACACUUUGCUUGCAAUAUCAAAAGCUCUCCAAGAGAUAUGUUCCUGAGGUUGUCAACUUCAUUGAGAAUGCGCUUUGCGCUUUAGCUCCGACGAAGUUGGCAGAAAUUCCUGGGUACUUUCCUUAUCACGACCCAAAGUCAUCAUUACGGAUCGAGAGUGCUCCGACCUCUACUCGACAGCUGAGAUUCUAUGAUUGCGUUGCUCAGGACCUCUCGGAAGAAGAGGGAGAGCUGCUCAAGGCCGCAAUAGUUGAGAUGAAUUUGAGAUUGCUGGAUAGUGCCGCCGAAACAUGGAAGGCGAAGGAUGCAUUUACAGAGGUUUUUGUGCCAGCUCUCGAAAUAAUGCGCCAUCUAUCUAGCAAGAAGUGCCGUUCCAAACUCGCUGAAAGCACCCAGAAACUGCUCACCAAAGUAUCUCAAAAACUUACGCUCCUCCUUAGCCAAGCCCGUCUUGCCCGGCGACCUUUAGAGCUACAUCACCAUCGUCCACUCGCAAUCAAGACAUCAAUACCGAAAUUCGAGGAGUCAUUCAACCCAGACCGACACUAUGAUCCAGAUAAGACGCGCACUGAGGCAGCGAAACUGAAGAAGGAGCACAAGAGAGAGAAGAAGGGCGCGAUCAGAGAGCUGAGAAAGGAUGCAAAGAUCCUUGCCACCCAGAGCCUGAGAGAGAAGAAGGAGAGAGAUGUGGCGUAUGAGAAGAAGUAUAAGAGGUUGGUGGCGGAGAUUCAGGGCGAGGAGGGGAGAGAAGCAAAGGCGUAUGAGAGGGAAAAGGAUUGGAGAAAGAAGGGGAAGAAAUGAGUGAUGAGUGAAUGAAGUUUACGACAAGUCAGGCUUUGAGACCGAGACGAGGUUGGAGUGGUCACGAGUCGUGAUAGAACUGCUCUGCAUCAAGAUGCUCCAUUUCAUGCCCUAGUCCUUGUUCUGCUUCUACCUUAUGUCAUUGAUGCUCACCACCCUCUGAUUUUGCCGCGUGUUUGCAUUUACCCAGGCUAUACAACCCACCGAUGGCUGAUGAGAUAGAAUAUCCAUCACUCAAAUACUGCGUCUUGUAUGUCUUCUUGGUACCAUCUCGCUAUAUAUUGGGAUUCAUAGAUCAAGCACUCACAGCCAGAAUAGAAUUUUCUAACGGAAGUCAAACAUUAUGUCAUUUGAAGAAACGCUUUUGGUAGUGAAACGUGCU